AUGACGAUGAAGCUGUACGCGAAUCUGAUCAGCCAGCCAAGCCGCGCGGUGGAAUGGGUCAUGCGCGUGAAGAAUCUCGAGCAUGAGCUGGCGCUGACGGAGUUCGGCAGCCACACGUUCACGUCGACCGAGUUCCUGGCGUUGAACCCGAACGGAUUGAUCCCGGUGCUGCAAGACGGCGACUUCGCGCUGUUCGAAGGCAACGCCAUCAUGGUGUAUCUAGCAGAGAAGUUCGGCUGGACAGACCUGUACCCGAAGGACGUUCAGGCCCACGCCAAGGUGAACGAGUAUCUGCACUGGCACCACACGAACGCGCGUCUGAUCACCAUGAAGGUGCUGCUCCCGUUGAAGCGGAUCAAGCUGGACAAACACCUCGAAGGCGACGCUGUGCUGGCCAAGCAGGCCGCCGCCCUCAUGGCCAAGCUGAUCAACCUGACGGAGAAGUUCCUGGUCAAGGACUACAUCGCCCAGUCGGACGAGCCCACGCUGGCCGACUUCGCUGCCUACUGCGAGUUCGUGCAGAUCGAGCUCAUGGGCGUCUACGAUUUCUCCAAGUUCCCCAAGUUCUCGGCCUGGAUGCAGCGCAUGAAGAAGGUGCCGCACCACGACGAGAUCCACGCGCCGCUGGACGACCUACUGUCGAGCUUGGGCCUCAAGACCAAGGCCAAGGCCAAAGCUGAGGCCGAAGCUCACGACAACCCAUGA